AUGCUGGGCGCCAAACCCCAGACGCAAAAUACGAACCCCACUUACUCCAAACCGCAACCAGCAGCCAGCUGGACAAAAACCAAGCGUGCUGGUGUCGAAAGGGGAGGGGGUGUCAAUUUUUUUUUUUUUUUAACUUCGGAAAAGACAGGAAACCUUGCGCGGGUGAUUCGGCCCCUCACGAAUCAGACAGAAGCGGUCCUGCCGAAACCCCUGAUUCCUCAGCUGAAGGGCGCCAAGUCGGCGACGGGUUCUCCACACUUUCCCCGCGCCCCGGCUCGCUCCCCGCGCCGGCAGGCGGCCUCCCCAGCCCGCGGGGGGAGGGGGCGAGGCCCGGGCGGACGCGCGCCGCAGGGCGCGGCGGGGACCCGCAGCCCUAGGGCGAGACUCGCGCGACCGCCGCCCAGGGUGGGAAGGGGCCGCGGGCCAAUUUCCAGCCAGGUGAGGAGCCGCGCCAGGCUCCGUCAAGCCCUCUGCGUCCGCCGCCCGCGGCCCGAGGCGGGUGGCGCGCGCUCGGGCGAGCUCUGCGGCCGCCGGGGCAGGGCUGCGCGCGGGAGCCCCUCCGCGGCCGCCAGGUGGGUUUGCCCGCUCGCGCCGAAGCCCGCGGUGCGGGGCCCGUUACCUGGCAGGCUCUCCCGGCCGGCGGCCCGAAAGGAGGCGGCGCUCGGCCGGUCCCCGCUGCCCGGCUGCGUGCGUGCGAGCGAGCGUGCGAGCGAGCGCGGCGGCUCCGGCCCGCUGGUUUCCCCUCCCCCCAGCCCCUGCGCCAGCACCGAGGCCUUUCCUAGAUUGCAGUGCCUGUCAGGGCUGCCGGCCACUCUCCCCGCGGCCUCGCUCCCGCGCACCCGCUCGCACACGCACGCCAUCCUCACACAGACGCCCUCCCUGCCGCUGCCCCGGCCCCCUCCUCGCUCAGCUCCCCCCAGUUGUUCCACCCCGGCCGCCGCCACCCCGAGACCGCCGCGCGGCCGGCGUGAAGGCCGGGGGUCGGGGGGCCGGAGGGCCGCGCUCCGACUCACCUCGCGGGCCGACUCCCGGGGCGCGCGUCGCCGGCGGGCUCAGGCAGCAGGCGCCGGAGCCGGCGCGGCCGCAGCUAGGCCCCGGGAGAGUGGAUCUCGUUGGAAAGAUGGGCUGAAGGGCCAUUCCCCAGAGAAUCGGAGAGCUGUGUUUUGUGGAAUAAAGGAGGCUCCAGGGAACCUGAAGAUGACCGGGAAGGAAAUGGGGUCUGAGCGACUGCUGUCGCUGAGCAGUCCCUUUGGUGCUCGUUUCCCUUCACACUUCCUGGAAAGCCAAGAGAAAGCCGCAAAGAUUUGGAGAGCAACUUAG